AUGGAUGUGUGGGGCCGUGCCCGCGUCCAUGGACUCGGUCACGAGCGCUACUUCCUGCUGGUGGUUGACGACUACUCGCGUUACACCACAGUCUUCCCCUUGCGCAGCAAGGGUGAUGUCACUGAGGUGCUGAUCGACUGGAUCCGCGCAGCUCGUCUCCAGCUCAGGCAGAGCUUUGGCUCGGACUUUCCUGUGUUGCGUCUGCACUCGGACAGAGGCGGAGAGUUCUCCUCUGGCCUUCUGCGUGCCUAUUGUCGUGCGCGAGGCAUCCGCCAGACCUUCACGCUUCCGGACUCCCCGCAGCAAAAUGGGAUUGCAGAGCGCCGCAUUGGCAUGGUCAUGGACGUCGCUCGUACGUCCAUGAUGCAUGCGGCUGCCCCCCAUUUUCUGUGGCCGUUUGCGGUCAGGUACGCAGCGCAUCAGAUCAACCUCCACCCCAGGGUCUCUAGGCCGGAGACCUCCCCAGCGCUGCUGUGGACGGGGAAGGUUGGCGAUGCGUCGGCGUUCCGUGUCUGGGGAUCUCGGGCGUUUGUCCGCGACUUGUCUGCGGACAAGCUGUCCCCUCGCGCUGCUCCCUGCGUCUUCCUGGGGUUCCCCCCUGACGUCCCUGGGUGGCAGUUCUACCACCCCACCUCUCGACGUGUUCUGUCCUCCCAGGACGUCACGUUCGACGAGUCGGUACCCUACUACCGCCUCUUCCCCUACCGCACUCCGUCCCUCCCCCCGCCCCCGCUCUUCUUGGUACCAGGUCCCCCCCCGGUAGACCCCCUCCCCCCUCAGGGUCCUGCCCCUUCAGGUGUGUCCAAGGUAGACGCGGUCGAGCCUGUCGAGGUCACUAGUGACUCUGGUGCUGCUGCGGGAGCUGAGCCUGGGGGUGCUGAGACUGGAGGUGCUACACCUGAGGGUGCUGAGCCUGGGGGUGCGGAGUCUGGAGGUGCUGAGCCUGGGGGUGCUGUGCCUGGGGGUGCUGAGCCUGGGGGUGCUGAGCCUGGGGGUGCUGAGCCUGGGGGUGCUGAGCCUGGGGGUGCUGAGCCUAGGGGUGCUGAGACUGGGGGUGCUCCGCCUGGAGGUGCUUCGUCUCGCCGAGAGCCACUCUCCCCUCAGGAGCUACGUGAGUGGUUUGCCAGGCGCUGGAGGCGUGCUGCUGGUGCUAGAGGUUCUUCGGCUGCAGAGGGUACUGCUGCCGAGCGUCCCGGCGGUGCUCGUACUGUGGGUGCAGGAGCUGCUGGGUCUGAGGGUUCUCCUGGAGCUGGUGCUGCUGAGGGUGCUGACGCUGAGACUGCCGCUGGAGGUCCGCCUGGCGGUGCUCGUGGUGAUGCUGCUGGAGGUUCUGGAGCUACUGGAGGUCCUACUGGAGGUGCUGCUGGAGCGGGUACUCCUGCUGGGGGUACUGGUGCUGUCCCUGCUGUUUCUGGCAACGCCGCGCGGCCCCGGCCGUACUUCGUUCCACUCCUGCAGCAGGUUCUUGGUCUUACACCUUCUCCUGGUCCUCCUCCUCUUCCCUUAGAGGGUCCACAGCCUGUCUCGUCACAGUCACAGCUACAGCCUGCCUCACCUUUGCCUGCUCCUUCUCCCUACGCUGGUCCGACUGGAGGUCUUACUGAGCGUCGUGAGCCUGCGUCUCGUCCUGCGUCGCCUGUUCGUACUGCGCGCGCUAGUGGUCGCGGUUCGCGUCAGCGUCCUCCUCCUGUCCCUGGCACGCACCGGAUGUCUCUGCAUCCGUCUACUGCUCCUCUGCGUGCCCCUUUGCCUUCUCCUCCUGCUUCCUCUCUUCUUGCUCUUACCGACCCGGAGUCGGACUCUCUUCGUGCUGCCAGUCCUACUGUCACGCGUCUCCUUGCUACUGCUGUCACUGACCCUUCUUUCGAGUCUUCUGUUGCGUCUGCCCUUGUCACUAAGCUCGUCGACUUUGUUGCGCGCUGUCGUCUAGACUACGCUGCUAGUCUUGUCGCUGAGUCUGAGUCUGCGUGUCCUCCGUCCGUCGGGGGUGAGUGUGCCCUUGGCACAGACGUCCUUGAGGACAGGCAGGAGGAGUUCCAGUGUCUGGCCGCCGCUUCACCUCAUCUCGCGUCUGUACUGCUAGACCCUGAGGGAGACCCGGAUGCACUAGACAUCCCGACUCCGCGCUCUUACGCGGAGGCGAUAGAGGGUCCCUACUCCUCUCAGUGGCAGGCAGCUAUGGAUGCUGAGAUGGCUUCCUGGAAGUCCACAAGCACCUACGUCGACGCUGUUCCCCCUCCUGGGGCGAACAUCGUCAGUGGCAUGUGGAUUUUCAGGGUGAAGCGGCCGCCAUGUUCUCCGCCUGUCUUCAAGGCGCGUUACGUGGCUCGUGGCUUCAGUCAGCGGCAGGGGGUUGACUACUUUCAGACCUUCUCCCCCACUUCGAAGAUGACCACUCUUCGGGUACUGCUGCACGUUGCUGCUCACCGUGACUACGAGCUGCACUCUCUCGACUUCAGCACAGCUUUCUUGCAGGGCAGCCUGCACGAGGAGAUCUGGCUGCGUCGCCCACCUGGCUUCACUGGGUCUUUCCCUCCUGGUACCCAGUGGAGUCUCCGGCGUCCAGUCUACGGUCUCCGCCAAUCGCCACGUGAGUGGCACGACACACUGAGGACUACGCUGGCGACACUUGGGUUUGCUCCUUCUACUGCCGACCCGUCGCUGUUUCUGCGCACCGACACCUCUCUGCCGCCGUUCUACAUCCUCGUCAUUCUUGCACGCUAUGUUGCUCCUGGGAGACACCGACCAGAGCACAUGGCUGCAGCGAAGAGGGUGUUGCGCUACUUGUGCAGUACGUCGGGCAUGGGGCUAGUGCUUGGAGGGCGCAGUCCAGUGGUCCUUACUGGGCACGCGGACGCUUCUUGGGCUGACGACCAGGCUACGCAGCGGUCGUCACAGGGUUACACCUUCAGCCUUGGUUCCGGCUCUGUUUCGUGGCGGGCUACCCGCUCGUCUUCUGUUCUCGGCUCCAGUUGUGAGGCUGAGAUCUACGCCGGGGCUAUGGCUGCACAGGAGUUACACUGGCUCACCUACCUGUUGACCGACCUUGGAGAGCCGCCUCGUUCUCCUCCAGUCCUGUACGUAGACAACAAGGCCAUGCUGGCCUUGUGUCGAGAGCAGCGACUGGAGCACAGGACAAAGCACAUUGCUCUCCGCUACUUUCCUUGCUCGUGA